AAGAAAGCUGAAAGGGGGCGGGGCCGCGGCAGGUUCGGGAAGCGGUCGGCACAGCACCGUUAGGACGGCCUGGCUCGGGGCGCCCUCCCGGCGCCUCUGCAAGCGCCGUCCGGGCCCCUGCCACGGCCCAGGCCUCGCUGGUGCCCUCCGGAGCGGCUGUGAGCGAUGUGGGGUCAGGACGAGACAUGGACGGUUAGUCAGCAGUCUUGUAGCCGGAUCCCCUAGGAGGAGAAGUUGUAAAGCAGUAAGAAGAAAGCAUUUCAAUUUGGAACGCGUUUUUGCAACUGGAAAUGGGGAAUGGACUGUCAGACCAGACUUCUAUCCUGUCCAGCCUGCCUUCGUUUCAGUCCUAUCACAUUGUUAUUCUGGGUUUGGACUGUGCUGGAAAGACAACUGUAUUGUACAGACUGCAGUUCAAUGAAUUUGUAAAUACCGUACCUACCAAAGGAUUUAACACCGAAAAAAUUAAGGUUACCUUGGGAAAUUCUAAAACAGUCACUUUUCACUUCUGGGAUGUAGGUGGUCAGGAGAAAUUAAGACCACUGUGGAAGUCAUAUACCAGAUGCACAGAUGGCAUUGUAUUUGUUGUGGACUCUGUUGAUGUUGAAAGGAUGGAAGAAGCGAAAACUGAACUUCAUAAAAUAACUAGGAUUUCAGAAAAUCAAGGAGUCCCUGUGCUUAUAGUUGCUAACAAACAAGACCUAAGGAACUCAUUGUCUCUCUCAGAAAUUGAGAAAUUGUUAGCAAUGGGUGAACUGAGCUCAUCAACUCCCUGGCAUUUGCAGCCCACCUGUGCAAUCAUAGGAGAUGGACUAAAGGAAGGACUUGAGAAACUACAUGAUAUGAUAAUUAAAAGAAGAAAAAUGUUGCGGCAACAGAAAAAGAAGAGAUGAAUGGUGAAACCUUUCAUACCUGUGUGGAGUAGGUUUUCUGUGGUCUGAUUUUGACGAAUGGAAGAGUGUCUACAGCCUGGUUUGCCUGCCUGCCCUCCUGGAUGCUGUUAAAGCUUGUUUUUCUGAACAGUCAGAUGCCCAACUCUGUUGCCUUGUGAAGAUGAGUAAAUGCAGUGCUUCUUAAAAUGGUCUCUUCUCCCUGCCCCACAAAUCUUUUGGUACUACCAUUUUGGGAAGCCAAGCAAAGAUAGUAAAUUGACCAGAAAACAGUUGUGGAAAUUUGACCUGAAGUUAGUGAAAUAAAACUUUGAAGAAGAA